AUGAGGUACUCUAUUCAGUCUGGUCUAUUGUUGGCCGCUUCUCUGUCUUCUGUCACUGAGGCAGAGCGUGUGCUGGGUGCUUAUAUCUUUGCGCGCCAUGGAGAUCGCACGCCCAAGGUGUUUGGUAGCACCACAUUGACUGAUCUGGGUUACCGGGAGGUCUUCGAUACGGGUUCUUACUACCACAACAGAUACAUCUCUGCGAAUUCAUCCAAGCAGAUUGAGGGUAUCAGCGCCGAUGUUGUCAAUCCGAAGCAGAUCAGCGCCACUGCCCCGGCUGAGAACGUUUUGCAGAACUCAGCCUUGGGUUUCCUGCAGGGUGUCUACCCUCCCGUUGGCAAAGUGGCUUCCCAAACUCUAGCUAAUGGCUCCUCUGUCGAGGCACCAUUGGGCGGGUACCAGCUCAUCCUGCUGUCGGAAGCGACAACCAGCAAGGACGCUGAAGACUCGACCUGGUUGCAAGGCUCCAGCGGUUGUCAGAAGGCAACUGUCAGCAGCAACAACUAUUUCACAUCCGACAUGUACACCAAGCUGCUGUCCUCAACCAAGGAUUUCUACAAGUCGCUCGAGCCCAUGCUGUCCGGCGCUUUUGCUUCAUCUGAUAUGACCUUCAAGAACGCCUACUCCAUCUUCGAUUACCUCAAUGUCGGACUGAUCCACAACUCCACCAGUCAAUUCACCCACAGGUCAGACUUGACCGACGAAGUCUACCACCAGCUGAUCUCUCUUGCUGGCAGCCACGAGUAUAACCUGGCAUACAACGCCUCCGAUAAGGCACGUGCCGUGGACGGUGCCGUCCUAGCCGGCGAGAUCAUGUCCGCUCUCAAUGACACUAUCUCUACCAAGGGCAAGUCCAAGCUGAACAUUGGGUUCGGCUCCUACGGCACCAUUUUCUCUCUCUUUGGUCUGUUGCAGAUGCCCGCUGCAUCUGUUGACUUCACCGGUAUUCCCGACUACGCCUCGUCUAUGGUCUUCGAACUUGUAACGAACGCCUCUGGUACCGACUUCCCCACUGACAAGUCCGACAUCAGCGUGCGCUUCUUGUUCCACAACGGCACCAUCACAGGUGGAUCCGAGCCCACCGCGUACGCAAUGUACGAUCAGCCCAGCGAGCUGCUCUCCUGGAAUGACUUCGUCACAAAGACCACCGAGAUCGCCGUUCUGAACGAUGAUGAGUGGUGCACUUUGUGCGGUAACACCGACGGCAAGUGUGCCAGCUCUAAUAGCACCGGUUCCACCUCCAGCUCUGCUAGUACUUCCAGCACUAGCAGCUCCGGCAUGUCCCGCGCUGUGGCGGGUGUGAUCGGUGCUAUGGUUACCCUAGCGGUGAUACUUGGCUUGCAGGCUCUGUUCUUCCUUGUCGGUGGAUUCCGCAUUGCGAAGCGCAACAAGAACAGCCCCGAGAUGAGCUCGGCUGCUGCUGUGGAGGCUAAUAAGGCUUAA